UUUUAUAAAUAAAUCUACUCUGUUUAUGUAAAACAAUUUAAAUGUAUGUACUAAAAUUCAGUUUCGCCUCAUCACUAACAGAGAUCACAUCUUAAUUCAGUUAUAGAUAAAAUGAAACUGUUUAUCUUGUUGCUAACGAGUAUAGCAAUACGGGGAGAAGAAAUAAAAGUGGAAACAGAUUUUAUAUGCAUUGGAAAUGUAGAACACGAAAUAGACGUGCUCAAGACGGACCUCGACAGGCCGUACUCGUUGGUUGUAGACUACAGCACCAAUGUUCUAUACUUCAGUUACAGUCUAAACAAUGUAGACGAUGUGUUCAAGACUGGUUUCAUAAAUCUGAACACAAAAGAAUUCGAUGAUCUCGAGGGUGUCGAGAACGGCUUCACGCAAACUAUAGAUCAGAACAAACACCAAGUCUACAUCGGUACAAACGACGGUAUAUACAGAUAUGAACACGCUAAGAAAGCAGCUGAAUUUUAUUGCUUAAGCGGAACCGACAUUUGGCAUAUAUAUUAUAAGGAUGUUAUUUACUAUUCAAUAUUCCCAAAUCAAUUCUUCUAUACAUAUAUUAAUGGGGACGUUGUGAAAUUUAAGGAUCUACAAGAUACGAAGGUUGAUCAGUUUGUCAUUGAUAAUGAGGAUGUCAUGUUUUUCACGAAUGCGACUGGUUUGUACGGCCAAAGAAAAGGUACGGAUGCUGCUAAGCUUUACAACGAGUACGCUACAGAUGGUGUGAGAGCUCUGACCACUGAUAUAAAUGGGAACGUAUUCUUCUGCAGAUUUGAUGGUAUUUACACUGUUGACAAAGUUAUGGCGUCAGUGAACAAAAUAGUCGAUCUGAGUGACGUGUACAGCUUGGCAUUCGAUAAUGUUAAUAACAUCAUUUACUCGGAUGAAAGUAAAAUUGUGCGUCUUAAACCUAAAAAGGAUAAGGCCUGUUAGCGCCAAGUAGAUAAUGAGUUAGCCGUAACUAACGCUGGUAUAGGAAAAAUUCAAUUUCCUAACAUAUUAUCAUUGCGUGUUUAUUGAAGUGAUCUAUGAACUUUCUUAGCGGAUUACGCAACUGUUUAUUGAUAAAAUUUUAAAAUAGUUCAAUGAAUACAAUUAAUUUUUUUUAUCAGAUAUUCUUGUUAUAUUUCUUAAUGUUUUCAGAUUUGAUGAAUCACCGUAUAAAAAUGUUUUAUUUUUUGAAUCAUGAGUUUCAUAGGACAUCCUCUAUGCUUGUUUAUAGCAAUUUUCUCAACACCAAUUUAAAAUGACUAACGCUGGCAUCAAUACCAAUCGAAGUACGGCUUUGUUGUGAUGACAUACGAGCCAUUUUCCUAUGAACGUCGUCUUAUACGGAGGCAAAAUUUAAUUGGUUUUAACCUCGAUGAGAUAAAAGAUCAAAAUAUUAACAUCAUAAUUCAGUUUUAAACAGAAAUCGCGGUAUUGUGCACGUCCGCCAUGUCUUAUUACGUAGCAAUGUUACUUAUAGUUAUGAGUGUUGACGCCAAACUCAGAAUAUAUGUAACAGAUACGCCCAUACAGAGAAUAGGAAGCAGACUGUACAAAGUAGAUCUAUUGACGGACGAUUUCAAAGAUCCAAAAGAGUUGGCGUACGAUUCGUCGAGCAGAUGUCUAUACUUCAUGUACAUGGAUGACGAGUUACAGAAUUCGGGACGAGCUAAAAUUAACAUUAUAACGAAACAGGCAAUGAAAAUCAAAGGGAUAGAAAGGAAUAAAGCGACGGCUGUAGACGAAGAGACCGGUGAUGUUUACUUCGGUUCUGAUGACGGACUUUAUAAAUACGAUCCAGUUGAAAACAAAGCGACCAACAUCGGCCUAUACAACAUGAACAUCUUCAAGCUGGUGAUCCGGAGCAACGACAUGUACUUGAUAGACGCCAACAACCACAUGCUGUACAAGAUUUACGACCAGGGAACAACGGCUGUUAAGGUCGGACAUUUGAAGACGAUAGUCGAAUUCGACGUCGACUACAAGAGGAACAUACAUUUGGUGACAAUGUGCGGUGUUUAUUGCGUGUUCGGUGGCAUUGAGGUCAUCAAGAAUAAAGAUCUAUCUAUUGUGUAUCAUUUUAUAAGCGACGAGCAGAAAACUUUCGGUGUGACAGAGGACGGAUUAUAUGAGAUAGACUGUCUCAACGGGACCGCCAGUCGUGUCGCCAAUUUGAAUUUUUUUCCUAGGAGCAUCACGUUCGGUGACUAUGGUGACAUUUUUUAUACGAUAGAUGAUAAAAUAAUUAGAUUGAAACCGCUCAAUUCGUAUACAGUGUAUAAUAUUCAUAGAAAUGCACAUGAUUAAAGUUU